AUGGCCCCGCACGCCGAGACUGAUGCCGGCUCUGUGAACGGUGGUGGACACCCCGCCAAUGGCACUUCUGCCACUCGCCCCAAGUUCACCGUUAACUCCCCCAACGUGGUGUACUCGGACAACGAGAUCCGCUCCAAGUACACGUACCGCACCACGGAGGUGAGCGAAGGUGAGAAUGGCAGCCGUGUUGUGACCCCGAAGGAGACGGUCUACGACUUUAAGCUCGACACCAAGGUCCCCAAGAUCGGCAUGAUGCUGGUCGGCUGGGGCGGCAACAACGGCACGACCGUGACCGCCGGCAUCCUGGCCAACCGCCGCGGCCUUGUCUGGGAGACCCGCAACGGCAAGCAGGCGGCCAACUACUAUGGUUCCGUCGUCAUGGGCUCGACCCUCAAGCUCGGCACUGACUCCAAGACCCGUGAGGAUGUCAACAUCCCGUUCCACGAUGUGCUACCUAUGGUGCACCCCAACGACAUCGCCAUCGGCGGCUGGGACAUCAGCGGCCUGAACCUGGCUGAUGCUAUGGAUCGUGCCAAGGUGCUGGAGCCGACUCUCAAGUCGCUCGUUCGCAAGGAGCUGGCUGCCUUGACCCCGCUGCCGAGCAUUUACUACCCGGACUUUAUCGCGGCCAACCAGGAGGGCCGUGCCGACAACCUGAUUCCGGGCUCCAAGGCUUCGACCGCCCAUGUUGAGCAGAUCCGCAAGGAUAUCCGCGACUUCAAGGCGGCCAACAACCUGGACAAGGUGAUUGUGCAGUGGACCGCCAACACCGAGCGCUUCGCCGAUGUGAUCGCCGGCGUCAACGACACAGCCGAGAACCUGCUCAAGGCCAUCGAGGCCGGCCACGAGGAGGUCUCGCCCUCAACCGUGUUCGCCGUCGCCUCGAUCCUCGAGGGUGCCCCCUUCAUCAACGGUUCCCCGCAGAACACCUUCGUUCCCGGCUGCAUCGACCUCGCCGAGAAACACGGCGCCUUCAUCGGCGGCGACGACUUCAAGUCGGGCCAGACCAAGAUGAAGUCGGCGCUGGUGGAUUUCAUGAUCAACGCCGGUAUCAAGCUCACGUCGAUUGCCAGCUACAACCAUCUGGGCAACAACGACGGUAUGAACCUGAGCUCGCACCGCCAGUUCCGCUCCAAGGAGAUUUCCAAGUCCAAUGUGGUCGAUGACAUGGUUGCUGCCAACACUGUGUUGUAUGCCAAGGACGAGCACCCGGAUCAUGUGGUCGUCAUCAAGUACAUCCCGGCUGUUGGUGAUAGCAAGCGUGCUAUGGACGAGUACUCCGCUGAGAUCUUCCUUGGCGGUCACCAGACUAUUUCGAUGUCCAACGUCUGCGAGGACUCCCUCCUCGCCUCGCCGCUCAUCAUCGACCUAGUCGUCAUCGCCGAGCUCAUGACCCGCAUCCAGUGGAAGCUUCACUCCUCCAGCUCUGGCGAGGGCGACGGCACGGCCAAAUACAAGUCCUUCCACAGCGUGCUGAGCGUGCUGAGCUACAUGCUCAAGGCCCCGCUCACCCCGCCCGGCACCCCCGUGGUCAACGCCCUGGCCAAGCAGCGUGCCGCGCUGGCGAAUAUUUUCCGGGCUGUUGUUGGCCUGGAGCCGGAGUCGGAUAUGACGCUUGAGCAUAAGCUGUUUUAG